UGGGACUUUGCGUUUGGUUUUCUUCAAUUUCAUUUUCUCUCACACUUUCCUGAGGGAGAGAAAGAAGAAGAAGAAGACCUUUUCUCAUUUUUGCUCUGUUUUCCACCUUACUGGUCUUCUUGUCACUGAAAAUGAGAUCUAGGUGAUUCCAUGAAAUGGGGACGAGAGUGAUGAAGAUUUACAGAGCUUGAUGAUUUUGGUGAACUAGAUAAUUCCAAAAAUGGGGUUACGAGUGAUGAAGAACCCCACAGCUUGAUGUUUUUGAUGAGCUGGGUAAUUCUAAAGCUUGAUUUCACUGAAAUCAGUGAGCUGAGGAAGACCUAGAAGCCGAAGGCAGAGGAAAUCUAAAAUUUUAAGAUCCCUCAGUCAGGGAUGGAUAUGAAUGAACAGAGAAAAGAUGCCUUCCAAGACUGGGCUUCUUGCAUUGCUCCAACAACUCCUUACAGGCCUAUUCUCCCAAAACCACCUCAAGAACAUAAACACCAUGAAUUUUUUAUGCCCCCAAAUAAAUUCCCGUUUGCUUUACCAGCCAAUGAAGGGAAUAAUGGAGCUGGACCUGUUGGUGCCGGCAACACACUCGAGAUGUCGAGAGAGGUUCCUUGUAUAGAUCUCCUGGCCCUUGCCCAUGCCGCCUCUAGCGCAGCUGAUAAUAAUGCUGUCAUGCAUGGAGAACCUCAGUAUGAUGUUCCCUUUCCUCACCACCUUCCUUAUGAUCUAAAUUCACUACCCGAGACCACCUAUGGCCAAUUUGCACCCAUAACACCAGAGAAGGCAAGCUCAAAUGCGGAUCAUAGAAAAGACCAGCAAAUUGAAGAGCAGAUGAAUGCUGGUGCUACCACAUUUGAAAUCUUUGAGCUGGGAAAUAAUAAAGAUGUUGCAAACCCUGCUACAGAUUCUUCACAUGCUACUUUUUCCACACAAGUCCAGGAGAAUCAGACACAGCUCCAGGAUAAUCACAUCAUCAAGGAAGGGAAUGAUAGCAUUGACUUGAAUAAGACACCGCAGCUGAAACAAAGGAGGAGAAAGCACAGGCCCAAGGUUAUUAGAGAAGGCAAGCCAAAACCACUGCCGAAACCUCCUACUACUAAGGAAACUCCAGCCAGAAGAAAGUAUGUAAGGAAGAAUGCACUAGACAAAAAUGCAACUCCUCCCCCACCAAAGGAACUUGGGGAGUGUACCGAUUCAAAUAAUCUGAAGUCCACGAAGAGAUCAUGCAGAAGGGUGUUAAAUUAUGACAUGGAAGAACCAGGAGAUGAUAUAUCCUCCUGCAGAUCUUUCAAUUCAGGUUCGGACUCUCAGAUGCGUAAUUUUUGCACCAAUGGAGUUGCAUCAAAAUCAACUGUGCAGCUCAGAAAUGGAAUUAAUUCAAUGGUAGAUAACACUCGGAUGGAGUUAGCCCAUGAACUUGUUCUUUCUACAAAUCAAUGGCUGAAAGAACACUUGUCACUGCCUGAACAACAAUCUCCAGCCACACCGUGUCCUGCCAGAAAUAGUUCCGUGCAGCCUAGAGAGUAUGUUGAUUGCCAACAAGACACUGCAGAAGGAAAAGCAAGAGUGAGUGCUCAAAUCUGUCACAAAAAUGCUGUACAAACCAUGUUGGAUGGUGACACUAGAUCCUCUUCACCAAGGCCAAAUGACUCCAACUGCAGCUCAUCCAUGAUUCUGACACAAGAAAAUGAACUGAAGGGAUCCAAGCGAAAAUAUUAUAAUGCUGUUCAGCAGACAGAUCCUAGUACCCGAAAUUUACUUGGGGUUCACUACAAUAAUAUGCCAGCAUAUGACAACAUGAUGUCUUAUAUGCAUUUUCCAUACAUAUACAAGAAGAAGAGGACUGAUAAGGCAUAUACUUCUAUCAUAUCAAGCACAUCAUGUCGUGUGACUAUGGCAGAAAAUGUUUGGAGACAAUCAAAACUGCAAGCUGUUGAGUCUAUCCUGCCUUCGUACCAGACGCAGAGUUCAAAAAAGAGAAGAUCAAAAGCUCCUACACGGGUUCGUGACUUGGCUUCUCUAAUUAGAACACCAGAGCACAUUCUGCACCAGAGUACCUGUCUCACCAAACCACCAGCUGAUGGUAAUGGGCAAAGACCUAUGAACUGUAACUCAACUCAGACAUGCAUGGAUGCCCUAGUCACUGACGUGGGUGCCACACUCGCAAAGAAAAAGAGAACAAAGAGAAGUUCUGUUACCAGUUCACACCGAAGUAUUGUGCUAUACAAGAACCAACCAUUUGUUCCCGGAUCAUCAGGUGUUCCACCAGAAGUAGCAUGCACACAAAUUCUUUCCGUUGAUGCUAUUACUGAUCAAUUAAAAUGUUUGAACUUAAAUAGAGAGAACAGCAAAUUUGCAUAUCAGGGGUAUAAUGUUGUCUAUAAUACACAAAAGCAAGAGAACAAUGCUUUGGUUCUUUAUAGAAGAGAUGGCACUGUUGUACCAUUUGAGGGGGCUUUUGAUCCUAUCAAGAAACGUCGGCCACGACCUAAAGUUGACCUUGAUGAAGAGACGGAUAAAGUAUGGAAGCUGCUGAUGGAUAACAUAAACAGUGAAGGCGUUGAUGGAACGGAUGAACAGAAAGCAAAAUGGUGGGAAGAAGAGCGUAGAGUGUUCCAAGGUCGCGCAGACUCUUUUAUCGCACGAAUGCAUCUUGUGCAAGGAGAUAGACGCUUCUCUCCAUGGAAAGGAUCAGUUGUGGACUCAGUGGUUGGAGUUUUCCUGACUCAAAAUGUGUCAGAUCAUCUGUCUAGCUCUGCAUUCAUGUCGCUCGCAGCACGUUUUCCCCUGAAGUCAGUGAGCAACCAAAAUGCAUCUGAUGAAAAAGUUGCAGGCUUAGCAGUAGAUGAACCAGAAGUGUGCAUUAGUGAGAUUUCAAACCAGCCACUCUGUGAUUCUAGUUCCGUAACAUUCCAUGACACUGAGCAUAGUGAAGAAAAAGUUGUCAACAGCAAUGAGAACACAGAAACCACUAGUGAGGGAGUUAUCUCUACAAAUGAACCCGACUGCAAGCUUUCACAUUCAUUGGCCAACAGGUCCACCACCAUAAACCCAAGAACAGCAUCAGAAUGUUGCAUAGAGGAAGACUUGAGAACAGGAUAUGAUAUAGUUUCAUCUCAAAAUUCUGUGGAUUCUUCAACUUCUCACACUGUGGAAAAAACAGGAUCAUGUGAGAGCAACUCAGAGACAGAGGAGACGCCUAAUACAUGUCAAAACGGCAGUUUGGACCAUUCCACUUCGUUUUUACAGAAGGCCGAAGUCUACAGUCUCAAAACCAGCCAUAUGUCUUCUCAUGACAAUUUGAAUUGUGAACUUUAUGAACCCAUAUGCAUGCAGCAUGAUGACCAAAGAAGAUAUAUAGACAGGGGAGGAGCAUCCCAGGACCCUUCCAAUAAUUUUUGUUUGCAUAUUACCUCCAACCCAGAAGUAGUGCAAGUUGAGUGCUCUGAGUUGUUCGAAGAGGUAAUCCAAUCUUCUAAUAUUUCCAAGAACAAAUAUGAAGACAGUCUGGGGGAACAGAGUGUGCUAACAGCAGAAUCUGCGAGUCAAGAUACAAUAAGUAAUAAGCUUACUGUGAAUGAUCAAGAUGCACAGAGAUGUUUCAAUGAAUCAUGCAAUUGCAUUGAGGGAAAAAAUAACUUGGUUCAGUCUCAAUUCAGGGUGGGUGGGAACCCGAAUAAGGUUGAUGUACCUGCUGAGGAGCAUAAAAAUAAGAUUCAGCAAAAUUGCAACAUUUCUCGUGAGACCACAGAUAUUAUGCAUAAGGGACCAGAGUCAGAUUUAAGCUUCAACGAGGUCAGUAAGGUGGAUGCUGCUACCUCAAAGACAAAGAACAGAAGACCUGGAAAAGAGAAAAAGCAGCAGGACUGGGACAAAUUAAGAGAACGAGCAGAACCAAAUGGAAGAAAAAGGGAGAAAACAGCAAAUACAAUGGAUUCAGUGGACUGGGAAGCUGUAAGAACUGCAAAUGUAAAUGACAUUGCCCAAACUAUCAAAGAGAGGGGGAUGAAUAAUAUGCUCGCGGAAAGAAUCAAGGAAUUCCUUAACCGACUGGUUAGAGAACACGGGAGCGUUGAUCUUGAAUGGUUGAGAGAUGUUCCACCUGACCAAGCAAAAGAGUAUCUGCUAAGCUUCCGAGGACUGGGUCUAAAAAGCGUGGAGUGUGUGAGGCUUUUGACACUUCAUCAUCUUGCUUUUCCGGUCGAUACAAAUGUUGGACGUAUUGCUGUACGGCUGGGAUGGGUACCCCUUCAGCCCUUGCCCGAGUCACUGCAGUUGCAUCUUCUAGAACUGUACCCAGUGCUGGAAUCCAUACAAAAGUACUUGUGGCCAAGACUUUGCAAGCUUGACCAAAGAACCUUGUAUGAGCUGCACUACCAGAUGAUAACAUUUGGAAAGGUCUUCUGCACAAAAAGCAAACCGAAUUGCAAUGCAUGUCCAAUGAGAGGAGAAUGUAGGCAUUUUGCAAGUGCAUUUGCAAGUGCAAGACUUGCCUUGCCAGGGCCCGAGGAGAAAAGUUUAGUGAGCGCAACUGAAGACAGAAAUACCUAUCAAAACCCUGGUGAGAUCAACAAUGGAAUGCCUUUGCCUCUCCCUCUCCCUCAUCCUCACCGAACAGAACAGUUGGAAGCAAACCAGCAACUUGCAGCAAGCCAACAAUCAGAACCAAAGUCUACCCUAGGUUAUUGUGAACCAAUUAUUGAAGAACCAGCUACGCCAGAGCCAGAGUGCACACAGAUAGUAGAGGACAUUGAGGACUUCUAUGAGGACCCAGAUGAAAUUCCUACAAUUAAACUUAACAUGGAACAGUUCACUCAGAACUUGCAAAAUUAUAUGCAACAAAACAUGGAACUUCAACAAGGAGAAAUGUCAAAGGCUUUAGUUGCUCUAACACCAGAUGCUGCAUCUCUUCCUACACCAAAGCUUAAGAAUGUGAGCCGACUACGAACUGAGCACCAAGUCUAUGAACUUCCUGAUUCACACCCUCUUCUAGAUCGGUUGGGGUUGGAUAAGCGAGAACCUGAUGAUCCAUGCAAUUACCUUUUGGCCAUUUGGACACCAGGUGAAACAGCAAACUCCAUUCAACCACCAGAGAAUAGGUGUAGUUCUCAAGAAUUUGGCAAAUUGUGUGAUGAUAAGGAAUGUUUCCAAUGCAAUAGUGCACGGGAAGCAUAUUCACAAACAGUUCGAGGGACUCUCUUGAUACCAUGCCGAACAGCAAUGAGAGGGAGCUUCCCACUUAACGGCACCUACUUUCAAGUUAAUGAGGUGUUUGCUGAUCAUGAUUCAAGCCUUGAGCCUCUUGAUGUUCCAAGAGGCUGGUUGUGGAAUCUGAAUAGGAGGACUGUGUACUUUGGAACCUCAAUACCAACAAUAUUCAAAGGGUUAACAACACCAGAAAUUCAACAUUGCUUUUGGAGAGGAUUUGUGUGCGUGAGGGGGUUUGAUCAGAAAUCAAGGGGUCCGCGUCCUUUAAUGGCCCGGUUGCACUUCCCAGCCAGCAGGUUGGCCAAACCAAAAGACAAGAAAGAGGAGUAGCCAUCCAAAAAUUUUCAAAGAAGCGUGUCUAAAGAGCACCACAGAAUCAAGAUCGAGUGGCAGCUGAUUCAGCUAUUGUAAAUCGGCUCGUUGAGAAUAGAAAAAAAAAAAGGGUAGUUUAGUUUAAGUUGUAUCCUCACAUGACUAAGAGGGAUUUAGCCAAUUUGUAAAACAGCCAGCAUAAUCAAUAGAUGCCAUGCAGUUUUAACAUAA